AAAGUCUCCUGGGUGGGGGCUGGGAGGGACAGACUGACUCUGGCUGGCUCGAGGUUCACACGGGAGCUCAGAGGAGCGACACCCCCAGGGGGAAAGACCAAGAGCAUCGUCCUUGUGAGAAAAUGACCGAGACGGAAGCCGUGCAGCUGAAGGAGGAAGGGAACCGACAUUUCCAGCUGCAGGACUACAAGGCCGCGACCAAGAGCUACAGCCAGGCCCUGAAGCUGACCAAGGAUAAGGCCCUGCUGGCCACGCUCUAUCGGAACCGGGCAGCCUGUGGCCUGAAAACGGAGAACUAUGUUCAGGCGGCUUCAGAUGCUUCGAGAGCCAUUGACAUCAACUCCUCGGACAUCAAGGCUCUGUAUCGGCGAUGCCAGGCACUGGAGCACCUGGGGAAGUUGGACCAGGCCUUCAAGGAUGUGCAGCGCUGUGCCACCCUGGAGCCACGGAACCAGAACUUCCAGGAGACUCUAAGGAGGCUCAACAUCAGCAUCCAGGAGAAGCUCCGUGUGCAGUUCUCCACAGACUCGAGGGUUCAGAAAAUGUUUGAAAUUCUCCUGGACGGAAACAGUGAAGCCGAUAAACUGGAGAAGGCUGCCAACAACCUCAUUGUCCUAGGCCGUGAGGAAGCAGGGGCAGAGAGGAUCUUCCAGAACAACGGCGUGGCCCUGCUGCUGCAGCUCGUGGACACUAAGAGGCCUGAGCUGGUGUUGGCUGCGGUGCGGACCUUGUCGGGCAUGUGCAGUGGCCACCGAGCGAGGGCCACAGCGAUUCUCCACGCCGUCCGGAUAGACCGAAUCUGCAGCCUCAUGGCCGUGGAGAACCAGGAGAUGUCUCUGGCCGUCUGCAACCUGCUCCAGGCCAUCAUCGACGCUCUGUCUGGGGAGGACAAACAAGAGCAUCGAGGGAAGGAGGAGGCCCUGGUUCUGGACACCAAAAAGGACCUGAAACAGAUCACCAACCACCUGCUCGACAUGCUGGUCAGUAAGAAGGUGUCUGGCCAGGGCAGGGAUCAGGCCCUGAACCUGCUCAAUAAGAAUGUCCCCAGGAAGGACCUUGCCAUUCAAGACAACUCGCGCACCAUCUAUGUGGUGGAUAACGGCCUGAGGAAGAUCUUGAAGGUGGUGGGGCAGGUUCCAGAUCUGCCGUCUUGCCUGCCCCUGACUGACAACACCCGCAUGCUGGCCAGUGUCCUCAUCAACAAGCUCUACGAUGACCUGCGCUGUGACCCGGAGCGCGAUCACUUCCGCAAGAUCUGCGAGGAGUACAUCACGGGCAAGUUUGACCCCCAGGACAUGGACAAGAAUGUGAUUGCCAUCCAGACGGUGUCAGGGAUCCUGCAAGGCCCCUUUGACCUGGGCAAUCAGCUACUGGGACUGAAAGGUGUGAUGGAGAUGAUGGUGGCGCUGUGUGGCUCAGAGCGGGAGACCAGGCCUUGUCCCCAAGUCUUGGUGUCUCUGAUCCUCCAUGUCUCCCCUCCUCCGCAGGGACUCUGUAAACUUGGCUCUGCAGGCGGCACAGACUAUGGUCUCCGGCAGUUUGCUGAAGGGUCCACAGAGAAGCUGGCCAAACAGUGUCGCAAGUGGCUGUGCAACGCAUCCAUAGACACCCGGACCCGGCGAUGGGCAGUGGAGGGCCUGGCCUACCUCACGCUGGACGCUGAUGUGAAGGAUGAUUUUGUUCAGGACAUCCCUGCCCUGCAGGCCAUGUUUGAGCUGGCCAAGACCCCUGACAAGACCAUCCUGUACUCGGUGGCCACCACCCUGGUGAACUGCACCAACAGCUACGAUGUCAAGGAGGUCAUCCCUGAGCUGGUGCAGCUCGCCAAGUUCUCCAAGCAGCACGUGCCUGAGGAGCAUCCCAAGGACAAGAAGGACUUUGUAGACAUGCGGGUUAAGCGGCUUUUGAAGGCUGGUGUCAUCUCGGCGCUGGCCUGCAUGGUGAAAGCAGACAAUGCCAUCCUCACCGACCAGACCAAAGAGCUGCUGGCCAGGGUAUUCCUGGCACUGUGUGACAACCCAAAGGACCGAGGCACCAUCGUGGCUCAAGGUGGUGGCAAGGCUCUGAUUCCUCUGGCUUUGGAGGGCACAGACGUGGGCAAAGUGAAGGCAGCCCACGCCCUAGCAAAGAUCGCCGCGGUCUCCAAUCCGGACAUCGCCUUCCCUGGGGAGCGGGUGUAUGAGGUGGUGCGACCCCUUGUGAGACUCCUGGACACAGAGAGGGACGGGCUCCAGAACUACGAGGCUCUCCUGGGCCUCACCAACCUGUCUGGGCGGAGUGACAAACUCCGGCAGAAGAUCUUUAAGGAGAAGGCCUUGCCAGACAUUGAGAACUACAUGUUUGAGAAUCAUGACCAGCUGCGGCAGGCGGCCACCGAGUGCAUGUGUAACAUGGUGGUGAACAAGGAGGUACAGGAGAGGUUCCUGGCUGAUGGGAAUGACCGGCUGAAGCUGGUGGUGCUGCUUUGUGGGGAGGAUGAUGACAAGGUGCAGAAUGCAGCCGCAGGGGCCCUGGCCAUGCUGACAGCAGCACAUAAGAAACUGUGCCUCAAGAUGACUCAAGUGACGACUCAGUGGUUGGAGAUCUUACAGCGGCUUUGCCUGCAUGACGCACUGUCAGUCCAACACCGGGGCCUGGUCAUUGCUUACAACCUGCUGGCAGCCGAUGCUGAGCUGGCCAAGAAGCUGGUGGAGAGUGAGCUGCUGGAGAUCCUGACUGUGGUGGGCAAACAAGAGCCAGAUGAGAAGAGGGCAGCAGUGGUCCAGACAGCUCGGGAAUGUCUCAUCAAAUGCAUGGAAUAUGGCUUUAUUAAACCAGCGUCUUAGACAGGAGCCCAGGGGAUGCUGGGGCUGCUCCUGCACCGUGCAGAGUUCUGAGCUGAGACCUCCUGGGGUGUCAGUUCAGCUGGGGAUCACAGCAGUGACAAGGAAGCCUCCAUAUAAAAGACGGACGUAACUGCUCCCUGAGUUGUGACUCUUGCCCUUUGCUCCAGGAAAGAUUGGGUCUUUCAUUAGCUCUCUUACUCCUUACAUCUUUUAUGUUCCAGAGAUUCCUA